AUGCUUGACAUCGUACCUGCGAGAGGUUACGACUUAUUCUACAACACAAUCAUCACCUUAGAUCUCCAAAUUCAACUUGUAGACAACAACAACUCCCACUCCUUCAUGUUUUUCGCACCCACGGACGCCUCCCUCUUCGUGCUCGACAUGACUCAAAUAGCAUCGUCUUACACCGACACACUUCGUCUCCACGAUGUCCCUCGUCGCCUCUCCCUCAUGCACCGCCUCCUCCUGACGACUACACGCUCCCCACGCUCUCCUCCCUCAACCCCGCCGCCAACUCAUGCGCCACUCUCCCUCCGCCAUCGUUGUCAGAGGCGUCAAUGUCGUUUCCCCAACCUUUUUUUUAGUCGCAACAUCAUCUUCCACGACCUUAUAGGAGUUCUCAGUCUUAGAUCUAACAAUUCUCCUUCGCUUUCGUCGAUUCCCUGUUAG